AUGUUGAUAGAGAGCAUUUGUCAUCGGACGAGAACUGAAACUGAGACAAGCAAAAUGGAAGCGGCUGCUUUGGCCAGAAAAAAGAGACUUUUGGAAAUGAAAUCACGCCUGCAUGGCAUUGAAAUGAAGGAGGAAGAUUACAAAGAAGAAAGCCAGGAAACGAAGAAGAGUAAAGCGGAAGAGAAAACGUUCAGAAGCUACAAGCCUUCAUCAGAAGCAAUUGGAAAAGUAGCACAAGACAAAAUUAAACUUGAUGUCGUUGAAGAGCUCAUUGCGUCUCAUUUAGAGGAUGCUAAAAAUGUGAAGCCUGUAGAAACUGUCGAUUUGUCAACGUUAGCACCGAAGAAAGUUGACUGGGAUUUGAAGAGAGAUAUAGAAAAGAAACUGCAGGAACUAAUGUUUGGCUUGGCAUACAAGCUCGAGAGGAAAACUCAGAAGUGUAUCGCAGAAAUGAUUCGACAACGGUUAGCUGAAGGAAAAGGAGAUCUGGCAAGCACUGUCAACGCCGGAGUUUAG